ACAUUCAUCCAUUCAUUUCCGCUUUUCCUCUCACUCUCUAGCCGGCCUGAUCCGUUUUUCUCACGUCGUAUCGCACUCCGAUCAAGAGGCCGGUUCCAGUGUUCGAUCUGCCCUUUCCUCUCGCUUUCACACCGGCCUCACACCAUGCCUGCAAUCCCCACCGGUGGAAUUCAGCCUUCCUCACGCACAGAUUCCGCAUCCGAUCGCCCUCCGCACUCGCCCGAGUUCAAAGAGGAGCCAAAGUAUAUACCGAGGGGCGACGAGCUACGCGAAAAACCGAGUCGGCAUUCCACGCGUCGAGAACCGGCAGCCCCGCCACCAGCACAGCCAUCCGAUCCCUCUCCGCGCUCGCGCCAGCGCAAAGAAGGGCCAAAUCCCGUGCCAAGAGCGAAGUCAAUCCGGAAUUCAGCACGUCAAGAACCCGCAGCCCUUCCCCCGGCGCAGCCAUCUGGCGCUCCGCCCUCGUCCCCGUUCGAAGAAGGUCCAAAGGCGGUGCCAAAGGGAAAUUCGGGUCCAGAUUUGUUACCGUCGCGGGACCCACAGCAUCCACCUCAGGAAUCGGCGGCUCCUUUCCCCACGCAGGCUCAGCACAGCUCGACAUCGGUUGAUGCAGAGGCCUCGAUCCCGGAUCCUUCCUCACUGACUUAAGACCGGCUGUCGGCAG